AUGCCCUGCCCUGCACUCGCAGCCUGGGAGCUCGCAUCUUCCUUCGGAUGGUGGAUGCAUGUGUUCGGUAGACACACCUGCUCAACUAGAGUUGACAAGUGGAAGCGUAUGGGUACCAGCAAGGAUGCGGUCCCUCGUGCCAUCCUCUGUUUCUUGUUUCUGCUCUGCUUAGGCUGCAAAUGCCUGGCAUCAGAAUUAGAGGCCACCCAGACAGUGACCCUCGCGGUCGAUGCCUCGCCACAGCUUGCUCAGAAGAUCCCUGAUACACUAUUUGGAAUAUUCUUUGAGGAGAUCAACCAUGCAGGAGCUGGUGGCAUAUGGGCUGAACUUGUUAGCAACAGAGGGUUUGAAGCUGGAGGCCUCCAUACUCCAUCAAACAUUGACCCAUGGUCCAUCAUUGGAGAUGACUCUUCUAUAUAUGUGGAGACUGAUCGGACAUCAUGUUUCAGUCGAAACAUCAUUGCUCUGAGGAUGGAGGUCCUUUGCGAUAACUGUCCUACUGGUGGUGUUGGUAUUUACAACCCGGGGUUCUGGGGCAUGAACAUAGAAGAUGGAAAGGCCUACAAUCUUGUUAUGUAUGUUAAGUCACCAGAAGCAACCGACUUGACAGUUUCACUAACAAGCUCUGAUGGGUUGCAAAAUCUGGCUUCAGCUACAAUAACAGUUUCCGGCGAAUCAAAUUGGACAAAAGUGGAGCAAAAGUUGGUUGCUAAAGGAACCAAUAGAACCUCAAGGCUUCAAAUAACAACUAACAAGAAAGUAGUUGUCUGGUUUGAUCAAGUAUCACUCAUGCCUGAAGACACAUACAAGGGACAUGGCUUUCGCACAGAACUUAUAUCCAUGAUUUUGGAUUUAAAACCACGAUUCUUGAGAUUUCCUGGAGGCUGCUUUGUAGAAGGUGAGUGGUUAAGAAAUGCCUUUAGGUGGAGAGAAUCUAUUGGUCCAUGGGAAGAGAGACCUGGACACUUCGGGGAUGUUUGGCAUUACUGGACUGAUGAUGGCCUUGGAUACUAUGAAUUUCUUCAGCUUGCGGAGGACCUGGAUGCUGAGCCAAUCUGGGUAUUCAACAAUGGAGUCAGCCACAAUGAUGAAGUUGAUACUGCUGCUAUUACUCCAUUUGUAAAGGAUGUAUUGGACAGUAUAGAAUUUGCAAGGGGGAGUGCAAAUUCAACAUGGGGCUCUGUUAGGGCUGCAAUGGGGCACCCUGAACCAUUCCCAGUGAAAUACGUUGCGAUUGGAAAUGAAGAUUGUGGGAAAAAAUUUUACCGCGGUAACUACUUGAAGUUCUACAAUGCUAUAAGACAGGCCUACCCAGACAUUCAAAUGAUUUCAAACUGCGAUGGUUCAUCUACACCACUUGAUCAUCCUGCUGAUUUAUAUGACUUCCAUGUCUAUACUGAUUCUAAGACUUUGUUCAACAUGAAGAGCACAUUUGACAGAACAUCUCGUAGUGGGCCCAAGGCUUUUGUGAGUGAGUACGCUGUUUGGAGAGGUGAUGCAGGUAGAGGAAGUCUUCUUGCUUCAUUAGCAGAAGCUGCUUUUCUUACUGGACUGGAGAAGAAUAGUGACAUUGUUUACAUGGCAAGUUACGCGCCACUGUUCGUAAACAACAAUGACCAAACGUGGAACCCGGACGCUAUCGUCUUCAACUCCUGGCAACAUUACGGCACUCCUAGUUACUGGAUGCAGACGCUUUUCCGCGAGUCGAGUGGUGCUAUGUUACAUCCAACUACAAUCAGCUCCAGCUACUCUGGUUCGCUCGCAGCGUCUGCGAUUACAUGGCAGGACUCGGAGAACAGCUUCCUAAGAGUAAAGGUUAUAAACUUUGGGUCAGAUGCUGUGACCCUGACAAUCUCCACGAGUGGACUCCAGGCCAGUAUCAACGCUCUGGGAUCAACCGCCACUGUUCUCACAUCAGCAAAUGUGAUGGACGAAAACUCCUUCAGUAACCCAACCAAGGUUGUACCGGUGAAGAGCGAUCUGAGCAAUGCUGCAGGGGAGAUGCAGGUCACGCUAGCUCCUCACUCCUUCAGCUCGUUCGAUCUCGCCCUGGCUCAGUCCAAACUUGUCGCCGAGAUGUGA